AUGAGCACCUGGAUGAACGAGGCCGCGGUCCCAAACCAUAAUGGCAACGGCUUUCCACAUAUGAACGAUCCCAAUGCUGCUGGAGCCAUGAUGGAUCCCUCAGCUUUCAUGGGCAGUCCUGCCCAUUUCAACCCUGCCCAGUUCGCCAAUCCCCAGCAGGCUCAACAGGCCCAGCAGCAGCAGCAGCAGCAGCAACAACAGCAGCAGCAGGCUCAGCAACAGCAAAUGGCCGCCGCCAUGCAAAAUGGUCAGAUGCGCAACGCUUCUCCAUCAUCCUUCCAGAACCCGGCUUAUCAAACCAACUCCGUCAUUCCAUCAAAACGACCCCGUCCGCGCGAAGACAGCCUCGCCGGCUCGCCGCGACAAAAUCCCGGUAUGCUUCCGACCUCGCGCUCCGAGACGCCCCAAACCUUUCCCGGUUAUCAAGGCGGCGGCAUGCCCCAACAGGGCCAAGGUCAACCAUCGCCCUAUCCUCAUCUCCAAGCAAAUGGCUCUGCGAACGCGACGCCAUCCCCGAUAAUGGCGAACCAGCUUCGUCCCGGCAGCGUGCCUCAACGAGUCGCGACCGCAUCACCGCACCCCUUCUCUCCCGGUCCCCAACAGUUCGCCCCCCAAGCAUCGCCCAAUCCAUCCGAACACAGCACGCCUCAGCCGAAUCCUUACAUGCAAAACGUGCCAAACAUGCCCCCGGGCUUCAACCCCAAUUUUACACCCACCCAGCAAUCACCAGCGCGCCCUUCUCCGAACCCGAAUGCGAUGGCAGGAGGCAUGAUGCCCCAGCAGAUGGGACAAAUGCCGCAACAUAUGGGUCAGAUGCCGAACCAGAUGCUUCCUCCCAAUAUGCAGCCCCGGAACCCGAUGGAACAACAGCAAAUGGCGGCUUAUCAGGCGCGUCUCCAGAAGCAAUUACAACAAGGCAAUAUGCAAGGUAUGCAGAAUAUGCAAAACAUGCAAAAUAUGCAGAUGGCCCAGAUGCAGGCUCAAAACGCUGCUCAAGGACGUGGCAUGAUGCCUAAGCAGCCCAUGCAAAUGCCUAACGGCCAGAUGCCUCCUGGUGCUAUGCGCCCCCAGCAGCAGCAGCAGCGCCCGAUGCCUCGAACGGACCCCGAGCAGUUCAUGAAGAGCCUGACUACUUUUAUGACGGCUAAAGGCCUUCAGCUUGACGCGAACCCCGUUAUCGGCAAUCGCCCCGUGAAUUUGUUGACCCUAUUCCAGGCUGUCCAAUCCAAGGGAGGAUACAAGCCCACCACUGCUGGCAACCAGUGGCCUCAUGUCUCUAACAGUAUCGGAUUUCACCCCGGACAAAUACCCCAGGCGCCUCAAAUGUUGAAGGAGAUUUACGAAAGGAAUUUGCUUAGGUUCGAGGAGGCAUGGGUUGCGCAGACAAACCGACAACGCAUGAUGCAGCAGCAGCAGCAGCAGCAACAACAACAGCAGCAGCAACAUCAGCAGCAGCAGCAACAUCAGCAGCAACAGCAACAACAACAACAACAGCAGCAGCAGCAGCAGCAGCAACAACAACAUCAUCAACAUCAACAGCAGCAGCAGCAGCAGCAAGGCAUGCCCAAUCAGCCUAUGCCGGGCCAACAACCCCAGGGUACUCCCACGAAACAAACGUCUCCUCAGGGUCAGAUGCCUCCUCAGCAGAUGAUGCCGCAAGGCCAGCCGAACAUGCCUCCUCAAGUCCAGACACCCGUUAAGCAAGGGUCGUUUAGUGGCCAGCCGCCUGGCGUGAAUGGUUUCCAAACCCCCCAAGCACCGGGACAACACACGCCAGGCAAUGUUCCCCAUGGGCAUGCGCGAAACAGCCUGUCACGGAGUGUGGAACCUACACCAGGCCACCCCGGCGCUUUUCCUUCAGCUUCUCCAGCCUCUGUCAAGGCCGGAGGUAUGCCAAUGCCUGCUCCUCCCGGCAUGGACCAGACCCCUAUGGCUGCUUCCAUUAAGCCACGGAUGCUACGACUCGCUCAGGAAUCGGACGAGUACACUCCUAGCGCUCGCCCCCUGGAGGCUUAUGGCGGUAUCAACGUUCGUGCUUUCGACCUCAAAGGCUUGGAGCUUCAAACUCUGAAGCCUGAUAUUCCGCCUCCGUAUGAGCUGGGCUACGUGGAUCUUCAUGCGCUCACUCGCAGUUUAGAGUCUGGUAUCCAUGGUGAAGUUCGGCUUGCGCUAGAUACUCUGGCAACUGUGACGGCAACGCAGCACCAAGCCCUGCACAUCCAUCUCAAAUAUUGCGAAGAGCUGAUCGAGGCACUGCUGGAAUGCGCCGAGGAGCAGUUGGAUCUCCUUGUGGAGAACACAGAAGAGGCUUCGGCGGAUAUUCAACUGACGCCGUACGAAGACGUAGCACGCGCCUGCUGGACAGAGAAGAUGGGUGUCAGAGAACUGCCAAAGUUCGGGUCGCCCGAGUACGAACUUGAUCGAGCCGUCGAUCGUUUCUCCUGCGUCAUCACGAUCCUCCGUAACUUGUCUUUCCCCGAGGCUGCAAACGAGAACCACAUGGUGCUUGGCGACGAGCUGGUUAUCAAAUUUCUCUGCGCUGUGAUUCGGUAUCUCGGUACACGCAGCAUGCUUUUCCGAACCUACGCAAACACUCUUGAGUUCAUGAAAGACGCCAUUAUUUUGCUAUCCAACAUUGCAGGCGCUGUCGAGGUUCCUGGUCGCGAACAAGCACUUUGCCUGCUACACUUCUUGCUAGCAUUCGCACCAGCUCCUGGGCCCACAUUGGUGGACGACAAGCUCUACUUCCCACCGUACCAGCCUGGCGUCCACACCUACACAUUCCAUGCAGUCGAUGCCUUGGCCAGGUUCCUUGCUAGAGACGAGCCGAACCGGACGCAUUACAAGACGAUAUUUGCCACGGAUGCAAGCAGCAACCCGCCCUAUGACCUUCUGACAAGAGCAUUUGCCCUUUCGACCACCGUCGUACCGAUUCAAUCGCCCGAGUCCGCUGUAGCUCACAUGGAGGCACCCGAGAAGUUCUUCAGACUUAUCGAAGACCGCAAGCCUUGGCUUAUGCAAGGUCUUUUGGCUGCGGACAUCAUCGCUUCACUUGCACCGGGCCACGAAACCGGCGUCGCCAAGUCUUGGCUCGCAAGCGGCAACGGCUUCGCUCAAAGUCUGUAUCACUUUGUACAGGUUCUUGGGGCACAGUUCGAGCAACCGUGGCAGACGCGGAGCGGACAGGGUGACCCGGCGGGCCGAGAUACGGGCCUGGUGUACAUUGCCACGUGUGGUAUCUCAACGCUGAGGCGGUUGGCUGAGAAGUCUCGGGACCCCAACGACCCCAAGUCGACGCUUCCUGCAGACGCAUUGCCCUCUGAAGAAAGUUUGUUCAAGAUGAUGCUAAUGCGGUCGCCCGAGUGGACCAAGGACGGAGUGAUUAAGAACCUCACAGCUUAUGCAGCGUUGGAUUGUUAG